AUGUCGAAACUUCUAGCAAUCCUCGCCUUCGCUAGCGCCUUCAUGGUGCUCUCAGCCUCGGCUGGCAACGUGGUCUGUUACUUCGCCAGCUGGACCAUCUACAGGCCCGACAAUGGCAAAUUUACCGCCCUUGACACCGACCCCAACCUUUGCACCCACAUCCUGUACGCUUUCGUCGGUCUCCGAGAAGAUGGGUCCGUAUCAGUUUUGGACGACUGGGAAAUGACAGGACUUGAAGAGCUUGCCCAUCUGAUGAGUCUCAAAGAGAAAAACCCCAACGUUAAAAUUCUCCUGAGCAUGGGUGGAUGGAACGAAGGGUCCCAGAAAUAUUCGCAAGUGGCAGCUAAUCCAGGAUUGAGGCAAGCAAUGGUCACGUCAGUGUUGAGUUUCAUUGACCAGUAUGGGUUCGAUGGGUUUGACCUUGACUGGGAGUACCCAUGUCAAAGAGGAGGUGUUGAUGAGGACAAGGUCAACUUUGUCACCCUUUUGGGCGAAUUGAAGUCGGCUUUGAAUGCUAAAGGAAUGAUCCUUUCGGCGGCUGUGUCCGGAGGAAUCGCUUCCUGCAAGCUUUCGUACGACAUUGCCAAAGUUGCAGAGAACUUGGACAUGAUCAACGUCAUGGCCUACGACUUCCAUGGGGCUUUUGAGCCUUUUGUUGGCCAUUACGCUCCGCUUUACGCCUCCCAUUUGGACCAAACCGACGAGCAAAAAACCCUCAAUGUUGCCGCUGGUAUCCAGUACUGGCUCGAUGAAGGAGCACCACCCAGCAAAAUCAACCUGGGUUUGGGAUCGUAUGGUCGUGGGUUCGCUUUGGCCGACCCUACCAACACCUCUCUCUACGCUGCGACCUAUGGGGGUAGCGAAGCUGGGCCGUACACCCGUGCCAUGGGUGUGAUCGGGUACAACGAAGUGUGCGAGCUUUACAGCGACUGGGAUUAUUUCUGGGAUGACGAACAACAAGUACCACAUAUUGUGAAAGGGAACCAAUGGUUGGGUUUCGAUGACCCCAAGUCGAUUCAGUUGAAAGUCGAGUUUGCCAAUUCGAAAAAUCUGGGUGGUGUUAUGGUCUGGUCGUUGGAUACUGAUGACUUCAGGGGGAUUUGCGGAAAUGGGCCUUAUCCCAUCUUGAAUGCGAUUAAGAAUACUUUGCACUGAUUGAAUGUGAUGAUUGGGUUUAGAAAUAAAUUUUUUAUUCAGUA